GAGCGGCUCCUCCCCGCGGCCGCCGGCCCCGCGGUAGCCCCCGGCACAUGGGCCACGGCUCCGGCAGCGCGGAGCUGGCGAUGGCCGCACCGCCCGGCCUCUGUCCCGAGUGCCCGGGGCCGGAGCGGGGCGGCAGCGGCGGGACCCCCGCUGUGCCCCACCUCGGCAUUGCGGUGGACGAGGGGGACGUGCUGCCCGGGGCGUUGCGGCUCAUGCGGGAGCUGAGACCCGGUUGGGAACCGGCCAGGGUGAAGACCAAGCUUUUCACCGAUGGCAUCACCAACAAGCUCGUGGCCUGCUACACAGAUGAGGGCAUGGCAGACGCCGUGCUGGUCCGCAUCUACGGCAGGAAGACGGAGCUGUUUGUGGACAGGGAGACAGAGCUGAGGAAUUUCCAGGUGCUGCGUGCCCAUGGCUGUGCCCCCGACCUCUACUGCGCCUUCCAGAACGGGCUCUGCUACCAGUUCCUGCCGGGCAUCGCGCUGGGACCCCAACACGUGCGGGACCCCCACAUCUUCAGGCUGGUGGCCCAGGAGAUGGCCCGGGUACACGCCAUCCAUGCCAACGGGAGCCUCCCCAAGCCCAUCCUCUGGCAGAAGCUGCACAAAUACCUCACCCUCGUGAAGACGGAUCUCAGCCCAAAGGUAUCCAACCCCAGCCUCCAGCAGGAUGUGCCCAGCCUGGAGGUGCUUGAACACGAGCUGGCCUGGAUGAAGGAAACUCUUUCCCAGUUGGGUUCCCCCAUCGUGCUUUGCCACAACGACCUGCUCUGCAAGAACAUCAUCUACGACAGGACACGAGAGCAAGUUCGAUUCAUCGACUACGAGUACACAGGCUACAACUACCAGGCGUUCGACAUCGGAAACCACUUCAAUGAGUUUGCAGGUGUGAAGGAGGUGGAUUAUCAGCUCUUCCCCAGCAAGGAGACCCAACUGCAGUGGUUGCAAUUCUACCUGCUGGCCUACAAGCAACUCACCCAGGGGGACCCAGGCAACUUGGGGGUGUCCGAGGAGGAGCUGGAGGCUCUCUACGUGCAAGUGAACAAGUUUACUUUGGCAUCCCAUUUCUUCUGGGCAUGCUGGGGCUUGAUCCAGGAUAAAUACUCUACCAUAGACUUUAACUUCUUAAGAUAUGCAAAGCUAAGGUUUAAACAGUACUUCAAGAUGAAGCCAGUGGUCACAGCCCUGCAGAUUUCCAAAUAGCAUCUCCAGCACAUGAGACCCUGAGCUAUUUUUGUCCUUGCUGCGUCCCCCUUGCCCCUUCCCCACCCCAGCCGGGGGUGAGGGCAGGUCCUGACGGUGGGAAGGGAGAAAGAAGCUCUGACCUGGCCACCGAUUAAAGGAGACCCUGGACAUACCUGAGACUGGACCAUGAGAUGCUAGAGAGGACCAUGGCCUCGGAGAGGCCCCUGCCUACGCAAGGAAGCCUUUACCAUCGCCUUAACUGAGCCCCGCUCAGUCCCGGUGCCCGGCAGGUCCGUGCUUUGCUGGCACUGCUGCUGCCUGGCCUGGCACCAGGUUUGUCCCGUCUGUUCUGUCCCCGAGGGGGGGAAAUGGGUCCCCCCAAUCUGCUCAGGAGCCCCCAGAGCUGCACAGCUGCUUUAGCUGCCCCCCACACUCGCUGUGCCCAUCGCCUUCACUGCUCCCUCCGUCCCCUCUUGCCCUGCCUGCUCGGUACCUCCUGGGCUCCCACCCCAAACCAGCACAGCUCUUGGGCCAGUCUUGGCCCUGGGCUUGGGACUGUGUCUGAGCACAGGACCCUUUUCCUUGAGGGGUGGGUGCUGCUGCCCUCUGGCUCAGGUGGUGCAGAGCAGGGAGGGGAGGUGACAGCCAUGACCACAGGGGACUUGCUGGGCUCCUGCACCCCUUGAGAUGUGCUCAGCCCACAGCUGCCUCUGCUUCUCCCCACAGCUGUGGUCCUUCAGACCCCUGUUAGCUCCCAUCAUAGCUUCCCUUGUAGCUGCCAAAGCAAGGGGCUCCCAGCUCUGCCUUCCCUGUCCACCCCAUGGCCAGAGGAGUCAGUUGUGCUCCUCCUGUGGGUGCAGUCCCUGUGCUCCUGUCUUGGCUCUGUCCCCACGUGGGACUCUGGCUGGAGGUUGGACAAAGCCAACCAGCUCCAUGAGCUGGGCACAGCUUCAUCCCUUAUUCAGCUGCUUCCCCCAUCACAAGCUCCAGGAGGGUGAUCUGAGCUUACUGAGCACUGCCCAGCUUGUGACAGUGGUUGUGCAUCAAAUUUGGGGUGGAAUCAGACCCCUCUGUCCCUGCUUCGGCAGCUCAGCGAGUGCUGUGGGGAUGAGGUGGCUGGUCUCCUCUGCAUGGACACAGGAACCUGCCCCAGCAAGAACUGGGACUUGUUGCAUCUCAUGUUCAUUUUGGUGCAAAAUAAAAGCUGCUGGAAGCUGGAAA